CAGCGCCCCCUCCCCCGCCGCCGCCGCCCCCCGGCCCUCCGCGCGUCGCCAACGCCCCGGGACCGGAGCCUCGCGCCGCCCGCCCGCCGCGUUUCCCUGCUUCUCACUCCGGGAGCCAGCGCUUUUUCUCAGUUCACUCCUUGCAACCAGGACAGAAGGGCGACGGCUGAAGUGGGAAGCGCCCGGCGGCCAGCCGCCUUUGCCACUCCCUGGAGGGGUGGGAGGCCCUGGCACCCGCUGUUCUACUCUGUUUCUCUGAAUUUGACUCCCCUGGUAAUCUCACGUGAGAGGAAUCAUCCAAUAUUUGUUCUUCCGUGACUGAGUUGUGGAGUCUUGGAGUCGAUGGGAACGGUGGAGGUGCUCCGGUCCCGCCUCCGCCCCAGCCAGUGAGGGAAGCCCUUGCACGGCUCCCUGAGACCCUGCCCUCCCCCCCUCUGCUUGGCACCACCAGGGAUGCGCCACCUCCUGAGAGCCGCCUCCGCUGUUCCUUAGAGGGACGGGUCGCUGCUGCCACCACAACCGCUUCUGUCAGCCUCAGUAACUCUGACCUUAUUCCUGCUUUGUGGAUCUUUCCCAGAUGUGAAGGUCCCUCCCUGGGCACUGCUCUGGUCAGACCAACAUCCAGUUGCCUGGGGACCCUGGUUCACUCCAGCACAGGCCCUUGCCUGGAGAGAGCCCGACUCCUGCCCUACCUGCUUCCCUGGGCAAGGCUGCCAGGUGUUUGGAGAGUGAACACCAGGUACCCGCCCCCGCUCAUCCCCUCGACCUCUAGGACACGCCCAGCUCCACAAUGGCAGCAGAGACCCUCAACUUUGGGCCUGAGUGGCUGAGGGCCCUUUCUAGUGGUGGCAGUGUGGCCUCCCCACCCCCAUCCCCCGCCAUGCCCAAAUACAAGCUGGCUGACUAUCGCUACGGGCGAGAGGAGAUGCUGGCCCUCUAUGUCAAGGAGAGCAAGGUCCCCGAUGAGCUGCAAGACAAGGAGUUUGCUGCGGUGCUGCAGGAGGAGCCGCUGCAGCCCCUGGCGCUGGAGCCUCUGACUGAGGAGGAGCAGAGAAACUUCUCCCUGUCAGUGAACAGUGUGGCUGUGCUGAGGCUGAUGGGGAAAGGGGCUGGUCCCCCCCUAGGUGGCGCCUCCCGUGGCAGGGGCAGCACGCGGAGCCGAGGCCGCGGCCGCGGUGACAGUUGCUUUUACCAAAGAAGCAUUGAAGAAGGCGAUGGGGCCUUUGGCCGAAACCCCCGGGAGAUCCAGCGUAGCCAGAGCUGGGAUGACAGAAGCGAGAGGCGGUUUGAGAAGUCGGCUAGGAGGGAUGGAGCGCGAUCCGGGUUUGAUGAGGGAGGGGCUGGCCCGAGGAAGGAGCAUGCCCGCUCAGAUAGCGAGAACUGGCGUUCUCUCCGAGAGGAACAAGAGGAAGAGGAGGAAGGCAGCUGGAGACUUGGGGCAGGACCCCGGCGAGAUGGCGACCGCUGGCGCUCUGCCAGCCCUGAUGGCGGCCCCCGCUCUGCUGGCUGGCGGGAACAUGGGGACCGGCGUCGCAAGUUUGAAUUUGAUUUGCGAGGGGAUCGAGGAGGGUGUGGUGAAGAGGAGGGGAGGGGUGGUGGGGGCAGCUCUCACCUCCGGAGGUGCCGAGGGCCUGACGGCUUUGAUGAUGACAAGGAUGGGCUCCCGGAGUGGUGUCUGGACGAUGAGGAUGAAGAAAUGGGCACCUUCGAUGCCUCCGGGGCCUUCUUGCCUCUCAAGAAGGGCCCCAAGGAGCCCAUUCCUGAGGAGCAGGAGCUCGACUUCCAGGGUCUGGAGGAAGAGGAGGAAGAACCUUCCGAAGGGCUGGACGAGGAGGGGCCUGAGGCGGGUGGGAAGGAACUGACCCCACUGCCUCCUCAGGAGGAGAAGUCCAGCUCCCCAUCCCCACUGCCCAGCUUGGGCCCACUCUGGGGAGGUAACGGGGAAGGCGAUGAUGCUAUGGAGAAAGACCUGCCAGCAGCUGAAGGAGACGAUAUGAGGGCAGUGCAGCUGAGUCCUGGGGUGGGUUCACCCCCGGGCCCACCUGGAGAUCUGGAAGAUGAUGAAGGCUUGAAGCACCUGCAGCAGGAGGCGGAGAAGCUCGUGGCCUCCCUGCAGGACAGCUCCCUGGAGGAGGAGCAGUUCACAGCGGCCAUCCAGGCCCAGGGCCUGCGCCACUCUGCAGCUGCCACCGCCCUCCCCCUCAGCCAUGGCGCAGCCCGGAAGUGGUUCUACAAGGACCCGCAGGGGGAGAUCCAAGGCCCCUUCACGACACAGGAGAUGGCGGAGUGGUUCCAGGCGGGCUAUUUCUCCAUGGCCCUGCUUGUGAAGCGGGGCUGUGAUGAGGGCUUCCAGCCGUUGGGUGAGGUGAUCAAGAUGUGGGGUCGUGUGCCCUUUGCCCCUGGGCCCUCACCACCCCCACUGCUGGGAAACAUGGACCAGGAGCGGCUGAAGAAGCAGCAGGAGCUGGCGGCAGCCGCCUUGUACCAGCAGCUGCAGCACCAGCAGUUUCUGCAGCUGGUCGGCAGCCGCCAGCUCCCGCAGUGUGCGCUCCGGGAAAAGGCGGCUCUGGGGGACCUGCCGCCACCGCCGCAGCAGCAGCUCACCGCAUUUCUGCAGCAGCUCCAAGCUCUCAAGCCCCCCAGGGGUGGGGACCAGAACUUGCUCCCGACGAUGAACAGGUCCCUGUCAGUGCCAGACUCGGGCCCCCUCUGGGACAUACAUACCUCAGCCUCAUCACAGUCAGGCGGUGAGGCCAGUCUUUGGGACAUACCAAUUAACUCUUCGACUCAGGGUCCAAUUCUAGAACAUCUCCAGCUGCAGCAUAAAUUCCAGGAGCGCAGAGAAGUGGAGCUCAGGGCGAAGCGGGAGGAGGAGGAGCGCAAGCGCCGAGAGGAGAAGCGCCGCCAGCAGCAGCAGCAGCAGCAGGAGGAGCAGAAGCGGCGGCAGGAAGAAGAGGAGCUGUUUCGGCGCAAGCAGGUGCGGCAGCAGGAGCUCCUGCUGAAGCUACUCCAGCAGCAGCAGGCGGUGGCUGCUGUCCCCGUGCCUCCUGCGCCCAGUUCCCCGCCCCCGCUGUGGGCCGGCCUGGCCAAGCAGGGCCUGUCCAUGAAGACGCUGCUGGAGCUGCAGCUGGAGGGCGAGCGGCAGAUGCAUAAGCAGCCCCCGCCUCGGGAGUCUUCGCGGGCCCAGGCUCCCAACCACCGUGUGCAGCUCGGGGGCCUGGGCGCCACCCCCCUGAACCAGUGGGUAUCUGAGGCUGGGCCGCUGUGGGGCGGGCCCGACAAGAGUGGGAGCAGCAGCGGCCUGGGGCUCUGGGAGGACACCCUCAAGAGCAGCGGGAGCCUGGCCCGCAGCCUGGGCCUGAAGAACAGCCGCAGCAGCCCCUCUCUCAGUGACUCGUACAGCCACCUGUCAGGUCGGCCUGUGCGCAAAAAGACGGAGGAGGAAGAGAAGCUGCUGAAGCUGCUCCAGGGCAUCCCUCGGCCCCAGGAUGGCUUCACCCAGUGGUGUGAGCAGAUGCUGCACACGCUGAGCACCACGGGCAGCCUGGAUGUGCCCAUGGCUGUAGCGAUCCUCAAGGAGGUGGAAUCCCCCUACGACGUCCAUGACUAUAUCCGUUCCUGCCUGGGGGACACGCUGGAAGCCAAAGAAUUUGCCAAACAAUUCCUGGAGCGGAGGGCCAAGCAGAAGGCCAGCCAGCAGCGGCAGCAGCAGCAGGAGGCUUGGCUGAGCAGUGGCUCCCUGCAGACAGCCUUUCAGACCAACCACAGCACCAAACUUGGCUCUGGGGAGGGCAGCAAGGCCAAGAGGCGGGCACUGAUGCUGCACUCGGACCCCAGCAUCUUGGGGUACUCCCUGCAUGGACCUUCUGGUGAGAUCGAGAGCGUGGAUGACUACUGACCAGCCCGUCCCACCAGCACCCUGGGCUAUAGGCCAGGGGCAGCAGCAGUGGCUUGGACCCCUGGGUCCCCGGCCUGCAGGCUCCCCA